AUAUAUAGGAGCCUGUUUAGAUAGAGACCUGCACUUCUGAGGAGUCGUCAGUGUUCCAGCUGCAGAACUACAUAGCCCUCUGUCCGUCUCUGGUUGCUGGUCUCUCUCUCUCUCUUUCUCUCUCUCUCUCCUUCUCUCUCUCUCUCUGUCUCUCCCCCUCUCUCUCCUUCACUCAUUAUCUUCUCCUCUGAGGGUUCCACUGAACAGGUUGAGGGAAUAUAUAAAGAGCUUGGCUUUUCCUUUCUGGGAAAACUCCAGUGGGUUUUGGAAUCACCACUUCGUCGUCAAAGAAACAGCAAACAAACCAAAAAACCCAACAACAACAACACCAACAACAACAGCAACAAAAAGGCUGACCCCCAACUGUCUGCAAGCAUCAUGAGUAACUCUAUGGGUGGACUGAUUGACAUGGGUGACGAAACGUCGUUCAUGUUCACAUCCGAGUCGGUGGGUGAGGGGCAUCCAGACAAGAUCUGCGAUCAGAUCAGUGAUGCCGUCCUCGAUGCUCACCUGAAGCAGGACCCAGAUGCCAAGGUGGCCUGUGAGACCUGCUGUAAAACUGGCAUGGUGCUUCUGUGUGGCGAGAUCACAUCUCGCGCCAACGUCGACUACCAGAAGGUUGUGAGAGAUGCCAUCAAACAGAUUGGUUAUGAUGACUCUAAUAAAGGGUUUGACUACAAGACCUGCAAUGUGUUGGUGGCUCUUGAGCAGCAGUCUCCUGAUAUUGCACAAGGUGUCCAUAUCGACAGGCGUGAAGAGGACAUAGGGGCCGGCGACCAGGGAUUGAUGUUCGGCUACGCUACAGACGAGACUGAUGAGUGCAUGCCCCUGACCAUCGUCCUCGCCCACAAACUCAACGCCAAGAUGGCCGAGCUCAGGCGUAAUGGCACCGUGCCCUGGCUUCGCCCCGACUCUAAGACCCAGGUGACAGUCCACUACAGACAGGAAAACGGAGCUGUCAUCCCUCAACGUGUCCACACGGUGGUCAUCUCUGUUCAGCACGACGACAACAUCUCACUGGAGGACCAGAAGAGAAUUCUGAAGGAGAAGGUCAUCAAGGCCGUGGUGCCCGCCAAGUACCUGGACGAUAAGACAGUCUACCAUCUGCAGCCAAGUGGUCGAUUCGUGAUCGGGGGUCCACAGGGUGAUGCCGGUGUGACUGGGAGGAAGAUCAUUGUGGACACAUAUGGUGGAUGGGGUGCCCAUGGUGGUGGAGCUUUCUCUGGGAAGGACUUCUCCAAGGUGGACCGUUCUGCUGCGUAUGCUGCUCGAUGGGUGGCCAAAUCCUUGGUCAAGGCCAAGCUAUGCAAACGGGUGCUGGUGCAGGUGUCCUACGCCAUCGGAGUGGCCCACCCUCUCUCUAUCUCUGUAUUCACCUAUGGCUCCUCACAGAAGAGUGAACAAGAACUCCUCCAAAUUGUCAACAAGAACUUUGACCUUCGGCCAGGUGUAAUUGUCCGGGACUUGAAUCUGAAGAGACCAAUCUACCAGAACACUGCCUGCUAUGGCCAUUUUGGCAGGAACGAGUUCUCCUGGGAGGUUCCCAAACCCCUGAAGUACUAAAGAGGCAUUUCCUUGGCUAAUACAAAUCAUGACUCACAGAGGAGAAAGGACAAUUGAGAGGACUUGGUCUUUUUUUGCCCUCUUCGAUGUCUCUCCCCAGUUCUUUGACAUUCAACACCCUUCCACCAGUCAUAGAGGAGAGUGAGGAAUUUUUUAUUUUAUUUUAUUUUCAAAAUCAUAUUCAACCAAAAAUAUGUUACCAUUUUGUUAUUGAAAUACAGUUGCUCUCAAAUAUGUCCUUCUGAGUAUAAAAGGUUCCAACCAAAUCACCAAACAUGCCACACCUGCAAUUGUGUGCAUGCACAGAGUAUCUUAAAUAAACACUGCAACUAAAACCUCAAACCAUUAACCGCCCUUUUUACGUCCCUGCCAACCACAUCCAUUGAUAGAUAUAGAAAUAGGUAGAUGGAUUGUUUAAUAGCCACGUGACGAAGGCCGAUGGAUUUUGGUCUUGCUAGGCUGUCUUAAGUUCUGCAGAGCCAUCAGCACAACAAUUCCUUCUAGCGCAAUAUUGUUUCAGGGGAUAGGGAAUAGGCUGUUUACAGCUUAUUGAUAUGGUAGCAGUGGCCAUGGAAUGAGGAUUUAUUUUCAGAAAGGUUUAGGACUCCAAAAGAGAGUGGGCUAUGCUUAACUCAAGCCAUGUAUGAUAAAAAAAAAGACAAGAUAUACAGUAUGUAGCACUACUUAAAUGUACUUCAAACUGAAAUGAUGGAAUGACGAGUAUAUGAUAGGUGUAGCAGUGUGUAAACAGAUAUGAUCUUGUUACAUACCAUGCCAUUGUGGGUUCAGGGAAAGGGUCAAGUAGAAUAGUCAUAGUGAACCUUUAACCAUUGCUGAUAACUGACCUGACCGGCCCAAAAACAAACAAAUCAAUGCCUCAAAGGGUCAAUUCAGGUCAUUGUCUUAUGGAGGUCAGUGCUUUUUUUUUUUAAGAUUUGAGUUAUUUUGUUGUCCUUCUCUUUUCUCAAAGGGUCUACUGUGAAACAUUAUUAUUCAAUAGUACUCAUAAUAAUAACGCCAAUAAUAAUAAUGAUGAUGAUGACGAUAAUAAUAAUAAUAACAAUCAUAACAAUAUAUAUCUAUAGCUGUUACACUUCUAAGAUUGACCAAGGGGCACCAUGGUCCAGCUGUGCCAUUCCUGCUCACAAUGAAAUGUAAAUAAUUUGCUGCAGCCUGUGCAAAUAACUUAAAAAGCUUCUCAUUGCAAUAUCCUCACGGAUUUCUAGUUAUGACUGAAGCAAUAUCUUGUCAUAUAAGCCUCGCCUCUUGCAAAGCAUCAAGUUUAAAAUAAGCAUGGUUUUGUGAAUGAUCAGUGGCUUUACUUUUCAAAGCAUGGCGCCUUUAGAGCAUCUGUUUUUGUUUUACCAGAAUUAAAGGUGCAGUCCUCGAUUCAGUUUCACCAAAGGUUGAUACUUCAGCUCAACAGCAAAUCAAAUUAGACCCCUCUCUUCCAUGCUCCUAAAGCACCGUGUUGAUUGGAUUUUUUUUAUGGAUCAGUCUGUGCCACUAUAUCUUUUUUUCUAUCUACAGAGCCAGGUCUUUUUGAGCACAAAUACAUACAGUUAGACCAAUUUAAUGAACUUGACAAACAAGUGUAUCAUGGGACUAGAAUUGCUAUCUGUGCCUUUAAGUGUUUUUGAAUGUUUCCUAAUCCAUGUACUAGACAGCAUACUUUUUCCGCUCUGUCUGAAUCAACAUACAGUAUGUGCUUGUUAAUUAUGGUCUUAAAUGUCAUCGUAACCUUUUUUUGGUGCUACGAAGGCAACAUUAUAUCCAACCUGUUGAUCCUCUCAGCAUAAAAACAUGCAAGAUUGCCUGUUUACAUGUGUUCUGGUUACAUGGAAAAGGAGUAUGUUGGAAUGCAAUAUAUUCUCAAAAUAUAUAUUUGAUACAUAUUGAUAUCUAAUAUUUUCUGCGUAGGGAUCAUAAUUACACUGUGGUCCACAGCCCAGCAAUCACCUCAAUGUGUGUGUGUGUGACUGUGUAGGCAUGUGUGUGUGUGUGACUGUGUAGGCAUGUGUGUGUGUGUGUUUGUGUGUGUGUGUGGAUGUGUGUGUGCGAGUGAGUAUGUGUGUGUCAUUGGGAACCUCUCUUGACGUGAUGACGGAGCCGUGAACAACACUUGGGAUGUUAUGAAUGAAUUACUUUUGUCUUAGCUUUCUGCUGUGGUGUAGUCGCAUGUCUUUCAGACACCCUUCCUGUCUUAUCACUGUCCUCUGUGUUUGAGAAUGCACUCUCAGUCUUAACAAUUCAUAAAGUAGCUUUACUAUGUAAAUAAUUUUGAAACAAUUAAAACAUUUAAAAACAA